AUGCCUACCGUUACAACAACCUUGGAGUUUCCCAUCCUCCAGGAAUCCCAAAACCAGCUUACUAAGUUCCCAGAUGCUCCUUGGAACAACAAAGAGAAAGUACAAGCACUUAAACAACCUUCACUUCAACAACGUGAACAACGCCGUCUCCAACGAGAAGCUGCAGCCGCCCGCUUCUUUCAACCACCAUCAUUGAACCAAGGUUUCAAGUUCGUCUACAUCCCAACAAAAGCCCGAAUUCCUGUUGGCACCUUACGCACUACCUUUCGAAAACUUGGUGUUAAUACUGCUCGAUUACUCAACAUUCAUUAUUCCGCUCGUAAUACAGUUGCCAUUCUUAUCCAUAACGAUUACGAAACCGAAUUUACAGACCUUCUACGCCACCAUAACAUUACAAUCAAAGCAGAUUUUAACCCCUCUAGUGGUAAGAUCCUUGCAGACCCCAAGUACUCCACUCUUACAACUAAUGAAAGAGACGCCAUAGCGUCAGACCUCCAACAAACCCGUCUGGAACGUGCACUUGACCAUAUUCGUACACCAGUUAAAUUCGCUGUUGCCCGUUUUUUCCUCGACAAACAAUGGAUUUCUAAACGAAAAUUUGACUCACUCAAGGCCGACCGUAAUACACAACUAAACAAUAUCUUUGAUUCUCCUCAACAGCAAUCAAAACCACCAUCGGACGGUAUGAUUACUGAUGACACCGAAAGAGAAGACGUUCCUAUGGACGGCACACAAGGAGAAUAUUAUGAUUGUAGUCGUAUUUACAACUAA